AUGGGUUUUGGCGGAAUCCUUGGCUUUGACAAUGGAAUUGUGUUGGCACCCAUGGGAGCCGAUGUGGCCGGCCCAGCACUGGUCGCUGCUGUGGCUAAUGCUGGAGAAUUCGAUGACACACGAACAGUGCAAGCCAUUUUCGACGAGAAGCUUGCAUGCAUGCAAGUCUACUGGGGUGACUUCACCAAGGAAAUGGUCGAUGAAGCUCACAACCACGGAGUCAAGAUAUUGCAUCAAAUCGGAUCGUUGAAGGAUGCAGAGAAAGCUAUUGCCGCAGGGGUCGACUGUAUCAUUGUACAGGGAGUGGAAGAAGGAGGACAUAUCAUUGGCACAGUAAUGCUUCUAUCAUCGCUUCCAAGAGUAGUAGAUCUGGUGGGCGACAGGGACAUUGCAGUGGUAGCAGCUGGGUCAAUUGCUGAUCCUCGCGGCUAUGUUGCUGCCUUGUCAUUGGGUGCUGAUGGGAUUUGCAUGGUAAUGAGGUUUGUGGCUAAUAUGCAAACGAUUACUACAAGCAACAGUUGCUCAACUACACAGAAGCCGACACAGACCGCACCGACCUGUAGAGCCGUGCCAGCUGGAGAGCCCCCAUUAGGUGCCUCAACACUCCCUUCCAACAACAAUGGAAAAAUGCACCUGAGCCUGUCGAAAACAAUGAGGAACAUGGUCAUGUACGCCGGACAGGGCGUUGGCCUCAUCAAGGAGAUCCUCCCGGCCGGCGACCUCAUCAAGAAUUUUAUAGACGGAGCAAAGGAGAUAAUCAAGGGUUUAGGCGACAAAUACGUGGCCACCAGCUAA